UGAACUUUGAUUCUCCACUCUAGCAACAUGAUGGUCACCUUCCAAUAGAAAUAAAGGCUGUUCCUGAAGGAAGUGUCAUUCCUCGGGGAAAUGUUCUCUUUACAGUUGAAAAUACAGAUCCAGAGUGCUAUUGGCUAACCAACUGGGUUGAGACCAGCCUUGUUCAGACUUGGUAUCCAAUCUCUGUGGCCACAAAUUCCAGAGAGCAAAAGAAAAUUUUAGCUAAGUACCUGAUGGAGACUGCUGGUAAUUUAAAUGGUCUGGAAUACAAGCUUCAUGACUUUGGUUACAGAGGGGUCUCAUCGCAAGAGACGGCAGGAAUAGGGGCAUCUUCCCAUCUAGUAAACUUCAAAGGAACAGACACAGUUGCAGGAAUCACAGUCAUCAAGAAAUAUUAUGGAACGAAGGAUCCUGUGCCAGGAUUUUCAGUACCAGCAGCAGAACACAGUACAAUUACAGCUUGGGGAAAAGACUGUGAAAAAGAUGCCUUUGAACACAUUAUGAAGAAGUUUUCCACUGUGCCGGUAUCAAUCGUCAGUGAUAGUUACGACAUUUAUAAUGCUUGUGAAAAAAUCUGGGGUGAGGACUUGAGACAUUUGAUAGAGUUACGGAGUCCUGAAGCUCCACUUAUUAUACGACCAGAUUCAGGAAAUCCACUUGAUACAGUUUUACAGGUUCUUGAAAUCCUGGGAAAGAAAUUUCCACCAACGGAGAACCCGAAAGGUUAUAAGGUGCUUCCUCCUUUCUUGAGAAUUAUUCAGGGAGAUGGUGUGGAUAUAAACACUCUGCAAGAGAUCGUACAGGGAAUGAAAGCACAUAAGUGGAGCAUUGAGAACAUUACCUUUGGAUCUGGUGGUGCUUUGUUGCAGAAAAUGACCAGAGAUCUCCUGAACUGUUCGUUCAAAUGUAGUUAUGUCGUAACCAAUGGACUUGGGGUAAAUGUUUUCAAAGAUCCAGUCAUGGAUCCAAACAAGCGAUCCAAGAAAGGACGUCUAUCUUUGCAUUGUACUCCUGCAGGGCAUUAUGUCACACUUGAAGAGGGUAAAGGAGAACUGGAAGAAAAUGGUCCUGAUCUUCUGCAUACAGUUUUCAAGAAUGGCAAAGUUAUAAAGGCUUAUACUUUUGAUGAAGUGAGGGAAAAUGCUCAGCUGAAGAUGAGUAAAUGUGGAGAACUUCAAUAAAUUCAAAUUCAUGUCAAAUAUAUAUAUAUGUACACAAUGGAGUCAAGUCUGUCGCGGGUUCAAUGCACAGAUGUAUAUAUCAUGAUUUUAAAAUUUGCCUAUGAAGUUGAAAAAAUUUAUAAUGGUCACAUAUAAAACAGCAAAUGAAGUCCACCCAUACCCUGAUCAUCCAAGUGCAGUUUGCAUUUUUAACUGACGCCUGCUGUACACAAAUUUUAACAUUGUGUUGCUUUGAACAGCUGCUGCUUGUGUUGUAAUAUGUAAAUUGUGGGGUAUAAUAGUGGUAACAAGAAAUUAUGAAGACGUGCAAAUGUUGGUCAUGUGUUUGAACUGGAUAAUCUACUUCACAGAGAAAAUUGUUGGCCAAUGUUGGAACUAAUUUAAAUAUAUAUUUUUAGUGUACAUAUUCCAAACUCCUUUUCAAUCUUCCUAUUAAGUUUUUUUUUCUUUUAAUGAAUGGGGUUUCAAUUUUAUAGUUCCAGACUUUGUUCUGGCUUGGAAGUAGGGACAGUUUUGCUGAAUAGGAAUGAACAGUAAUGGCAGUAGUACAACCAUUUGGUAUUAUGAUGAACAAAGCCUUCUCUGCACACGAGUGUGUUUAGAAUUUGGGGGGGGUGGAGGCGAGGUAGUUAAUAGUGCACUUUUUUAUAGAACUAGUUGUGUGCUGAAAGAUGUCGGCUUUUAUAGAACAUUAAACACUGAGGAAAGAGGUGUCUAAUCGCACAACUAACUUUGAGGUUUAAUGGAACAAUCAAAAAUGAACUUAUUCUUAAGACUGUGGUUUGUCAAGAAUAUUAAUUAAUUUUGAUGCACUUAUAGAGCUAAGCCUUCUAUUUCACAUUUCCAAAUUUGAUAAGAAUAUUUUCCUUGAGAUACCAAGUUUAUUCUACCUUUUUCUUUAGCAUGAUUUUAAAUUUGAGAAAGUUUUUCCAAAAGAAAAUGUUUCCACGCCAAUGUAACGGUGAAAUUUGGAAAUUGGAAAUGGAAGGGAAAAUUAGACACAUUGUUAUCCCAGUAGAAUGAAAUGAACCUAACAUCUCUUCCUAUGAGGGGAGAAGGUUAUAAAAGUAUAAAUUUUAUAAUAGAAGAAAGAUUAGGCCUUUAAAUUCUAUAUUACACCAUGUUGUAGUUUUCAGUAGAAAAUUAAUUUCCUGGGACUGCUGUUUACAACAGAUGAAAUGUAUGUUUCCUGUGCUCUAUCAUUGUUUCAUGUCCCCAAAUUUCAAUGACACUGUGUUUCUUGAUACUCCUCACUACAGCAAUAUACCUAAACAGUAAAACAGAUUGUUAGACUAUGCAAUAGGAAUUUUUUUUUUUUUUGAACAUGAAAAGUGAACAUAUUGGUUCAUAUACCUAUGCUGAAAUGGCUUGAAGACUUUUUUUAAGGACAAGGUUAUGAAAAUAAGCCAUUUCCAGAUAUCAUGAAUUUUGUUUUUGUCCCACUGUGGGAAGUGUGAAACAGGAAGAACAUUAAUGUUACUAUGAUAUAAAUUACAGACAUAAUGAUUUAAUUUUAAAUGCUUUGUUAAAUUUGAAUGUGUUAAUAUUUUCUCUUUGAAAUAUCAACAAAGUAAGUCUGGGAUCAUCAUUUAAUCAGGGGGCGGACUUCCCAGAUGUUCGAGAGCAGUGGGGGCAGGGAGCAUUAAAUGUUGGAGAAAGCAAAAUGACAGGUAUUCAGUGGAACAGUUUUUUAAAAAAAAAAAGUAAGUUUGUUUAAUACUCAACCUACUAUUUAAUGUUUUCAUGACUUAUGUGGCCAGUUUCUGUUUCCAAACUGGGCUGCUUUUCAUUUCUAAGACACAAGCAUGGAAUACACCAAAUUGAAAGAAAUUCUUUUGCUCUCUAGAUACAAAUAAUUAAUGUAUAAAUUAACAUGUGAAGUGAAUUUUUAGAGUCGAUACUUGAAGAUAAAUUAUUGCCAUUAAGUAACUUUGAAGAAUGACUUCAAUGUGCCAAUAAUUUCAAAGUUAUAUCAUGGAUUUUAGAAAGUUGUGCAAAUAUUCAUGAUUCAACUAAAUCCAAGAACUGAAUAACUAUUGGGCGAAGCUGUCUAGGAAUUGAAGUGAAUGUCAGUUAUAGUCAUGAAUAAAACAUCCAGCAUAGCAGCCAAAUAUUUAAUUAAUGUCUCAUUUCAGACACUUCCGUGGGCCCAACAUGCCUCAAGAGUUGUAGCACUAUUAAUACAAGCCUUGUUAUCUUUAAUUGCAUUAACUAGCAGAUGCUGAUCACAAUUUGAGUUAGUUAACAAAGUAACAUACUAUCACCUGACUGAGGAACAUCUCUCACUGGGAGUGGUUUACGUUGGUAGUUUAGUAUUGGUUGAAUGAACCUUUCAAAGCUUUCAAAUGGAAUGUUACAAAAUACUUCCUUGCUUAUCCUUCAGCAAUUCUUGUAGGCUUCUGUGAACACCUGUUUUCCAUAGUUUUAAAUUUUGGUUGGGAUAUUGGUUGCAACAUUAGAAUCCUGUUGAGCAUUUCCCCUUCCACUAGUGUAUAACAACUGCUGUACAAUUCCAUAGUGUCUUACUCCAUACCUAUAUUUGGAGUUGUCAAUUUGUCCUGUAUAGCUCCUUUUGAAAGAGAGCUCUUUGAUUUCCUACGAUUUCCAUGGUGUAUAUUAUGUCUGAGGAAUUUCAAAUAAAUUUCUACGGUUUUGUGUAAAAGCCAUGUAUGCUCUCUGCUUUUAGAUAAGAAAACAAUGUUACUACGUCUGUAAUUUGUCUGCAGUUGUGUAUUGCUGAAGAACCUGAAGAUUUUUUGAUGAAGCUUAUAAAUUUUGUUUGUCCCUUUAAA